GGGCGGAGCCGGCGCGGCCGGCGGGGCAGACGGGCGCGGGCCGCGGGCCGCGAUGGGCGAAGGCGGGCUGCCCCCGGCCUUCCAGCUCCUGCUGCGCGCCUGCGACCAAGGCGACACGGAGACGGCGCGGCGGCUGCUGGAGCCGGGGGCGGCGGAACCGGCGGAGCGCGGCGCGGAGCCCGAGGCAGGCGCGGAGCCGGCGGGGGCCGAGGCGGCCGGGCCCGGGGCGGCGGCGGCCGGAGCGCCGGUGCCCGUGGACUGCUCGGACGAGGCAGGCAACACGGCGCUGCAGUUCGCCGCGGCCGGCGGCCACGAGCCGCUGGUGCGCUUCCUGCUGCGCCGCGGCGCCUCGGUCAACAGCCGCAACCACUACGGCUGGAGCGCGCUCAUGCAGGCGGCCAGAUUUGGGCACGUGAGCGUGGCACACCUGCUUUUGGAUCACGGGGCUGACGUCAAUGCUCAGAACCGGCUGGGGGCCAGUGUGCUCACCGUGGCCUCUCGGGGUGGCCACCUGGGUGUUGUGAAGCUGCUCCUGGAAGCUGGUGCCUUCGUGGAUCAUCACAGCCCCUCAGGCGAGCAGCCAGGAGCGGGGGGCAGCAGGAAUGAGCUGCUGGACAUCACAGCCCUGAUGGCUGCCAUCCAGCAUGGGCAUGAGGCCGUGAUGCGUCUGCUGCUGGAGUGGGGUGCAGACCCCAACCACGCAGCACAGACAGUGGGCUGGAGCCCACUGAUGCUGGCAGCGCUCAUCGGAAGGCUUGGCGUGGCCCAGCAGCUGGUGGAGAAGGGGGCCAACCCUGACCACCUCAGCGUGCUGGAGAAGACUGCCUUCGAGGUCGCGCUGGACUGCAAGCACAGGGACCUUGCGGGUUACCUGGACCCACUGACCACCGUCAGGCCCAAGACAGAUGAGGAGAAAAGGCGGCCUGAUAUUUUCCACGCAUUGAAAAUGGGAAACUUCCAGCUGGUCAAAGAGAUAGCUGACGAAGACCCCAACCACGUGAACCUGGUCAAUGGGGACGGGGCAACCCCCCUGAUGCUGGCAGCCGUCAUGGGGCAGCUGCCGCUGGUGCAGCUGCUGGUGGAAAGGCAUGCUGAGGUCGACAAGCAGGACAGUGCGCACGGCUGGACGGCCCUCAUGCAGGCCACCUAUCAUGGGAAUAAGGAAAUUGUCAAAUAUCUGCUAAACCAAGGGGCUGAUGUCACUCUUCGAGCAAAAAAUGGGUACACGGCCUUUGACCUAGUGAUGCUACUGAGUGAUCCUGACACGGAACUUGUUCGACUGCUGGCAUCUGUCUGCAUGCAGGUGAAUAAAGACAAAGGCCGGCCCAGCCACCCGCCACCCCCGCCCUACUCGAAGGUCCGACAGCCCUGGAGUGUCCCAGUGCUGCCCGAUGACAAAGGCGGGCUCAAGUCCUGGUGGAACCGAAUGUCGAAUCGGUUUCGGAAGCUCAAACUGAUGCAGACGCUGCCCCGUGGGCUGUCCAGCAACCAGCCACUGCCUUUCUGUGAUGAGCCAGAGCCAGCGCUGGACUCCACAAUGCGGGCGCCCCCCCAGGACAAGACGAGCCGCUCUGGGCUCCCCGAUUUGGCCCCCACGAUGAAAGACAAUGGUCCUGGGAGCACGAGAGGAGAAAAGGAAGAUGUGUUAUUGACAACCAUGCUUCGAAACGGAGCCCCCUUCACCAGACUCCCGAGUGACAAGCUGAAGGCAGUCAUCCCCCCUUUCUUACCCCCUUCCAGCUUUGAGCUGUGGAGCUCAGACCGGUCCCGGACGUGUCACAACGGGAAGGCAGACCCCAUGAAGCCGGUGCUGCCCCAGAGAGCCAGCAGGGGCCACCCCAUGGGUAGCGGGAGCACGGACACUACUCCUGUCAGGCCAGUUAAAUUUCCAUCUCUCACCAGAAGCCCAGCCUCUCCUGCCAAUUCUGGAAACUUCAACCACUCACCUCAUUCCUCAGGCGGCUCCAGUGGGGUAGGGGGCGUCAGUAGGCAUGGCGGGGAGCUGCAUAACCGCUCAGGUGGCAGCAUAGACAGUGUCCUGUCCCAGAUCGCCGCCCAGAGGAAGAAGGCAGCCGGACUCUCUGAGCAGAAGCCCAGCCAUCGGUCAAGUCCCGUGGGGCCAGCACCUGGGUCCAGCCCUUCUGAGCAACUGGUCUCCCCAGCAGGUGGUGGCGGUCCUGGUGGCAAGAAACUGGAGACGGGUAAAAGGCCCCCAUCUGGAACUUCCACUACCUCCAAAAGCACCUCCCCCACCCUCACGCCGUCCCCUUCACCCAAAGGCCAUGCGGCUGAGUCCUCAGUGUCGUCCUCCUCGUCCCAUCGGCAGUCCAAGAGCAGCGGGGGCUCCAGCAGUGGCACCAUCACUGAUGAGGACGAACUGACUGGAAUCCUUAAGAAAUUAUCACUUGAGAAAUACCAGCCCAUUUUUGAGGAGCAAGAGGUGGACAUGGAAGCCUUCCUCACCCUCACCGACGGCGACUUGCAGGAGCUGGGUAUUAAGACAGACGGGUCCAGGCAGCAGAUCCUGGCAGCGAUUUCCGAGCUGAACGCAGGCAAGGGACGGGAGAGACAAAUUUUACAGGAAACCAUUCACAACUUCCAUUCUUCCUUUGAGAGCAGUGCCAGCAACACCAGGGCCCUUGGAAACAAUCCCUGUACAUGAUCCUCCUUCCUGUGGCCACCAGCGUGAGCUCUGCCUCUCAGCGCUCCUCCGCACAGCCACCCUCCGCUCUUCCCGUCCCCGAAAAGCACCCUGCUUGGCCACACCCUGUGCCUUUGUCACAGUGUUC